UCUCCGCCAACCGCCCCCUCUGCCCCUCGCGGCUCCGCCUCCGGCAGGCCUCCCGCUGGCCGCUCCCGCCGACCACCACUGCUGCCAUUCGCUAAUCCGCCGCCCGCUGUCGUUUGCUGUUCGACCUCCGCCAUUCCUCCUCCUCCUCCUCCGUUCCUCCGCUGCCCUCUCCCUCCCAUCGAUCGAAUCCGACGGCCGCUCCGCCAUCCGCGGCUCUUCGCCCAAUCCACCUCCGCCGCCCGCUCCUCCUCCGUUCCUCCUGCUCCUCCUCCUUCGUUCCUCCUGCUCGUCGGCUGCUCUUAUUUAUCCCUGCAUCCUCCCGGUUGCAGCCCGUAGAUGCAGUCUGCAGGUACGGUCUGCACACGCUGAGCCUGCAUCCGAGAUUCCGAGCUAACGCUUCUCCGGCCAGCACGCCCGUGGGGUGUUUGCAGAAAUGUCACUUCGGCACCUGCUUCUCCAAGCACGGCGGUGCGCGUCUCAGCCGCCUCCGAAGCUCACCGAGUUUCUCCCAGUCUGCCGUUCACUCUCCAUUCUACCAUCCAGAGCCUUGGCUGCGCCGUCCCGCUGCUCCGGUCCGCAAAUUCAACUGCCCCAAACCUUGCCUUACUCCGAUGGCAACCCCCUUGGCGCCGGCUUCCACAUCGACGUGGUCGACUCCGACCUCUGGCCCGCUUCCUUCUCCUUCUCUUCUGACAAGGCACGGGGUUUCGAAGAACAUGAAGAAGAAGUGCAUGACUCUGAUGAUGAGAUAGAUGACAUGAGGCACCGCAAGAAGCUGUUCUACAAGCUGGAUAGGGGGUCCAAGGAGUUUGAGGAGAAUAACCUUCCCUUACGCCGCAGAUGGAAGAGAGAUAAAGGCGAGGCCAAGAAUCCAUCGGAGUCCAAGAAGGUGGAGCCUGAGAAAUCAGCUCCUUCCAAGGUUCUAAAGCUGAAAACAAAGCCUGCAGUGCGCAAAGACGAUGUGGUUGAGGUGAAGAGGGAGCGAGUGCCGACGUUUAAUCAGAUGACUGAUCCUUACCAUCACCCCUUCUGCCUGGAUAUACAUGUCUCGAAGGGGUCAGUGCGUGCUUGCUUUGUUCACCGAGUGACCAGCAGGGUGGUGUCAGUUGCUCACUCCAUAUCAAAGGACAUGAAGUUUGAUCUGGGUUCAAGGAAAGGUAUAAAGGCAUGUGUGGCGGUUGGGGCGCUUCUUGCAAAGCGUGCAUUAGAGGAUGACAUUCAUAAUGCAGUUUAUACACCUAGGAAAGGAGACAAGAUUGAAGGGAAAAUUGAGAUUGUGCUGCGUGGAAUUAUUGAGAAUGGAGUUGAUGUGAAGGUGAAACUCAAACAAAGGAAACCGACAAAGAAUAGGCCGGUGGUGCAGGACGAUCAGUCUCGGUGAGGACCCCCAUGUCCUUCACCUGAUAGCAUGAGCUGCCCGCUGCAGGGCCCGGUUUAUAUUAUUUGGGAGAGAAACCCUGAGAUAUAGAGCAGCCAAAGAAAAUGUGGCAAUCCUAUUUCAGAUCUUUAGCAUCCGUGUCCCCUAAGCUUGCAGUUGCAACUCUGAUGUAUACUCUGUAGUUUGUAUACCAAGCUUCCAGUUCCACGCUUCUGUCUUUCGCCUGUUUCAGAACAUCAGCGUUCAGGAUUGCAACGUACAUGACACAGUUUGGUAUCUGUAAUCUGUAGUACUAGGAUUCUGACGGCCUAAAAUCAUGUAAAUUGUUGCUCGCUCAAGUUCAGAGAUUUCCUCUGGAAAUAAUUCAUCUUCGGAAUGCUCUGUAA